AUGGAGUCGGGACAGGUCGGAACGCAGAGGCCGGUGGGGGAUGCCAGGAUUCUCCACUCCCUGCAGUACCUGGAACUGGCACUGUCAGAGCCCAGCCCGGGGGUUCCCCAGUCCUUGAUUGUGGGGGAUGUGGACGGGACCCCCUACAAGCACUGCGACAGCGAACGUCCUGUCCAAUGGAGCAUCCAUGGAUCCCACUGGCACAACUACAACAGAUGGGAUUUCAUCUGCUUCCAGCUGGGAUCCAGGAGCUAUGCAGUGUCCAACAGUGCCACUUGGAUCACCCAGAGGUGCUGGGAAUCCAAAGGCAUCAUAGUGGAACAGAUGAAGCAUUACCUGGGACACACUGGUGUUGAAGACCUCCCAGAAUACAUCAGAUAUGGUCAGGAGGCUCUGGAGCACAAAGGACUAUCUCUACUCCACAGAACCACGUCUAUUACUUCAGGAGGUUUUAUCUGAACUGCUUCCAACUCCCUGACCAACAGGGUACCAGGAUUUCCCAUUCCCAACCCUUGACUGGAUGGAAGAGGAGGCUGUGAGGAAGAGGAAGAUGGCCCAGGACAGCCAGGCAGGCAAGGAGCUCAACAUGGAGACCAGGGAGGACAAAUCCCCAUGGCAGAUCCUCGUGGAAGAGGCCAUUUUGAGCAACUCCACCGUGAAGGAAUCCAAUGGGGAGGAAAAGCUCUGGGGAUCCCACAGGAGGAGGGGGCUGCAAACCUAGCCCAGGGUGCUCUGAGGACGAAAGACCUGCCCUGUGCCAGGAAGACAACCAAAGAUCCAGCCAGACCUUGGCCUUAGUAGUCCGUGAGCAGUUUCCCGAUGGGGAGAAGCCCUACAAAUGCUUGGAGUGAGGCAGGGGCUUCAGAUGGAGAUCCCACCUGAUCCAGCACCAGAGGAUCCACAUGGAGGAGAGGCCCUGCGAGUGUGGGGAAUGUAGGAAGAGGUUUCAGACCAGCUCCAGUCUCCUCCCGCACCAGCGGAUUCACACAGAGAAGAGACCUUUCCGCUGCCGCAACUGCAGGAAGGGGUUCAAGCUCAACUCCAUCCUCAUCCUGCAUCAGCCCAUCCGUGCUGGGGAGAGCCCCUACGAGUGUCCCCAGUGUGGGAAGAGCUUUUCCAGGGGCUCUACCUUGACCCAACACCAAUGGAGGCACUGGUAAGGGAAGCCCUGCGAGUGCCCCAACUGUGGGAAGAGCUUUGUGUGCUGCUCCAACUCCAUCCCCCACUUGAGGGCUCACGUUGGGCAGAGCCCUGGUGACCCACAUUCCUAGUGACCCAUGUUGGGAAUACACCUGGCUGGUGGCCUCCAUGUCCUUCUGAUUCCCUGUAGCCACAUGGACAAAUGUAGGGGUGGGAACAUACAUAUGGUCUCUGAUCAACAUCAGAAAUUCAUUGGGAAGAAGUGAUUUGUUGACUUUACAGGACAAAAAAAAAAUCUCACCUGCUCUGUCCAGUUUAUUCUGGUGGUGUCAAGCACUGCUAGAUGAUCUUGGAAGUCUGUUCCAACCUAAAUAAUUUUCAUCUUCAUCCUUUUGAAACAACCAAAAUUGGGGUAGAAAUAAAGAAAUUAAAGAGACCUGAAGCUGUACCAUUUUACAGGGAUUUUGGGCUGAAAUUAGUCUUGGUUCAGAGGAACAUUUGGGUGUUCUGGGGCUGUCAAGGCCAGGUGGACCUGUCCACAAUCUCAUAGGUGUGCCAGCAGAACAUGUCCAUCUGAGCUCUUCUGUUCUUCAGGAAUUCCAUUUGUCUGUCCCAGUCCGUGGCCUGGGUCUCCCCAUGUGGAGUGUGCCCCAAAAAGUGCCCAAAUCACUGCUGAAGUGACCGAGCUGCUCCUGGCUGUGGAUGUUCCUGUCCAGCAACCUCUCCUGGUCAGUCAUGGGGACUGUGAGGGGCUUCUUUCACUCUUGAGGGCAUUUUUGGUGUUUGGAGGGGGCUUGGUGAGGUCUGUGAGGGGUUUUGGAGGCCCUGGCAGGACUCUGUGGCUUGAAGAGUAUUUGGGGGUGUGUUGGGGGAGUUGGGAAGGGGUUGUCAUGGUCCCUGGGGUCAUUUAUGUUGCACGGAAUGGUUGAGGGGAUCCUGGCCAGGAAUAGUGCAGUAGUUUGAGGGGUCUGGAAGUCACUGUUGGUCUGGGAGGGGGUUCUGGGGCAGUUGUGACCCCCCGAGCUGCCACCAGACUCUGCUCCCAAGAUUCUUCUGGUGUUUGGGGGUCCAUGUUGGGGCUCAUCCUCCUGGCAUUGCAGGAGAAGGUGAGGGGAGGAUCCCCAUCCUGAUAUCGCCCCCAUUUUCCCUCUCCACAGGACUCCAGGACCCAGCUCCUGCUGCCCCCAGGAGGGAAUUUGGGGUGGGGGCAGAGGAGGUGCACCGCCCUUUUUUUUAGCACCAAAAUGGGCUUGGGGCUGCAGGAGGAAGAGGCUGAGGGGAAGCAGAUCCUGCAGCUGGGACAGUACUUGGGGUCAGGGCAACGUCCUGCCCUGCACACCGGGCUCAGCUGUGACCCUGCCUCAGGAAGGGAUUGGGACAUGCCCAUCCCCACGGAUCAGGGCUGGGAGCAGCACUUGGACCACAGACGUGGAAAUGCUGGGGGCAACUGGGACCACACUGAGGGCUACUGGGAGCAACUGGGAGUAACUGGAAAUGAUGGGUGCAUGCUCAGGUACCUGGGAUAUACUGGGAAUGAAUGAAAUCAUGAUGGGGGCAACUGUGACCACACUGAGGGCUACUGGGAGUAACUGGAAAUGAUGGGUGCAUGCUCAGGUACCUGGGAUAUACUGGGAAUGAAUGAAAUCAUGAUAAGGGCAACUGGAACCAUACUGGGGACUCUGGGGUGACUGGGAAUGGGCAUGCUGGGGGCAACUGCUAUAUACUGGGAGUGUCUGGAACGAUACUGGAGGGGAAACAGGGAACAACUAGGACCAUGUUGGGUGUAACUGGGAGCAACUGGGUGUGACUGUUUCCACUGGGGGCAACUGAGUUCAUACUGGCAGUGACUGAGACUGUACAUGGGGCAACUGGGUGCGACUGGGAUGAUACUGGGAGGUCCUGUGAGCAACUGGAACCAUGCUGGAGACAACUGGGACCACACUGACGGGGAUUGGUAUCAUACUGGGAGUGACCAGGAGCAUGCUGAAGGCAGUUUGGACCAUGUUGGGAGUCACUGGACAUACUGGAAAUGACUGGAACCACCCUGACAGUGCCUGUGAGUGGCCAUGGGCAAUUGGAAUCAAGCUGGAAGCAACUGGAAGGAAGUGGGAGUGACUGGGAGUAUGAUGCGGGCAACUGGGAUGUACCUAGAGAGACUGGGAGUCACUCAGAUCAUACUGGGAGUGACUGUGUCAUGGGUUAGUACAGUUUGGUUUUUUAGUUACAGAGGAAUGUAGAAUGAUUCUCCAGGUCAGGACCUGGGAAUUGCUUUAGAAAGGACAGGGACCUAUCAGAGGGUUAGUUGGAAUAUUGGCUUCUGUUUUGACCACUGAAAAUUGUUGGCUACGAGCUCGGGAAGUACCAUAUAAAACCCCUUGGUUUCCUGUAGGUGGGCUUUUUUCCUUCUUUGCUUUGGCAAGAGAGAGACAGGUAACAUCGAGUUGGGCCUGCUGCUUCCCCCCCUUUUGGGGGGGAGCUGGCCUGAGGCCUGGCCGGAUUCUAUCGGCUCCUGGGUGGCGGGGGGAAGGAGAGGUUGCUGCUUUACAACUACUUUCUCCAAACUUCCCUGGAGCAGGGGGACAUCUCUGCCAGGCCCCUCAUAAGAGCUAUGGGCACCAUUUAGGCUGAGGCCACCCCAAUUUACACCGAGGGGUGGGCUGAGAAGGCAUUUAUGAUCCUACCUGGUCUUUUUGUGAUUCCGGACUGCCCAGGUGCUCCGAUCUCUGAUGUUUCUGUGUCAGUUCUUCCUCCCUCACCAGCGUGGCCUUGAACAUCUAACACCACAAGCUACAGAGAGAGAGAGCCAAAGACUCCAAGCAGAUUUAACCCUUUCCUAGCAACAUGAAGCUUCCAGAGCUUGGCCCUUCUCUGAGAGAGUAAGAAAGGACAGGGUGAACAUAAAGAAGAAACAGCAUGAAAUCAGUAGAGUGAGAGUGAAAAGACUAUUGGGACAGAGGGUUGAAGAGUUUGGUUGUUCCAUUCUUAUUUCAGCCCACGGAAAUGAACUCUCUAUUUAGAUUAUUCCUUUAAAUAAUGGGAAAGAUAUGCAUUUGGGGAGAUGAUUGUUUAGAUUUGUGUGUGGAUUUGAGCAAAGGUAUUUGUGAUGGACUAAGUAAUAUUAAUCCUAUAAGAUGCUUUAACAGAGAUAAAGAUGAGAAACCCUCUGCGCCAGUGAAGAAGUGAGAAGAUAUCUCUGUACCUUGAGAUGAAGAAUCCUUUGCUUUGGAGUUACUCAUCUUUAAACAGUGACAAUCCAGUAUGCAAAAGUCUAAGAUGCAUGACCCAUUAGCAGCUUGGGAACCUGCUAAUGGGAGGGGUCACAAAGGCAGGUUUCCCUGGGCAGCUGUUUUUGUGACAGUUAAAAAACCCACAAGAGAACUGUUCUAGGUUGUCAGUGGGAUCCAUGACUCUAAGAGAGACUCUUCCCCUAAAGAAUUGAUGAAAGACUAUUGUCAGAUGGUGAAACUGACUGAAAUUACAAUUUUUGUCUCUUUAUGUUGUUUUGUAGGAAAGUGAACAGUUUGUAAAGGGGGGGAAGAGUGUUUUUGGAGUUUCAUUCUGUUUUGUUUUAGUUUUUUUUCCCAACUUUCU